UGUCAGUUAGAACCACAGGUUCGGCUGAUCACCUCCAAACCAGAUGGAACCAGGACAACACAGGAAGCACCCACUGCUGGACCUGGACUUAUCGGACCUGAUCUGGACUAAGGAUUCUGAGCAUCAGAACUAUCCUGGUCUGACUCAGACAUGAAUUUGUUCAUAAUUAAAAUUGGGGCAGUGAUUCUAACGCUGGUUCUGCUGAUGGGAAUGUUGUUCAGCUCAGCCUUGCAGCCCGGCAGAGUUAUAGAUCCCGUUGGACAGAGUCGGAUUUUACCUGCAAGCAGGCCACCGCCUGUGGCGCCUACGCCAGGAGCCGCCCCUGGUCGUACUGACGUGCAGACGCUGACGCCCUGGUCGGCUCCGGUGGUUUGGGAGGGAACCUUCGACCCGGUUCUCCUCGACAGCCUCUACCAGGCGAAGAACAUCACCAUCGCAGCCACGGUGUUCGCCCAGGGAAAGUACAUCAGGUUCCUGAAAAGGUUUCUGGAGACCAUGGAGCAGCACUUCUUCACUGGUUUCAAUGUGCAUGUGUUCGUCUACACUGACCGGCCAAACGAGGUGCCCCAAGUCAAAAUGUCCAGCGGCAGACAGCGGACGGUGAAAACACUUCCCACCGUUAACCGUUGGCAGGAUAUCAGUGCUAGCAGGAUGGUUCUGGUCCAGGCCCUAAUAGAGGAGGAGCUUCGUGACUACGCCGACUUCAUCUUCUGUCUGGAUGUGGACUCCAAGUUCCACGGCCGAUGGAGCACGGAGUCACUGGGAGAACGGGUCGCUGUGCUCCAUCCAGGUUACUACAAAGUCGACCGCAGCGGAUUCCCAUAUGAGCGACGGCCUAUCUCCAAAGCCUACAUGGCUCCUGGGGACGGGGACUUCUACUACUGUGGGGGGGCAUUCGGAGGCAACCUGCAGGAAGUACACCUGCUUACCAAAACCUGCUCCACCAACUUUGGGGAUGAUGCUAAAAAAGGCAUCGAGGCCGCCUGGCAGGAGGAGAGUCACAUCAACAGGUAUUUGUGGAUCAACAAGCCCAGUAAGGUUCUGUCACCUGAGUACCUGUGGCAAGACUUUAAAGCCCGCGACCCUGAACUUCACAUCAUCAGGUUCUCUGGAGUUGUGAAGAACUACACAGAGAUCCGACCGAAUGUCUGAGAGAACCCAACCGCACCAGACGCACUUUGAAAGUCAGACAUGUAGUCCAGCUCAUUUCCUGUUUCGAGUCGAACAGCACUUUAAGUAAAAAUGAGUAGAUAUAGUUGUCCGGAUCUAGACCUGGUCUAGUUUGGCCUCUGCUGUCUUCUUUUGGUUAAUACCUGUCAGUUCUCAGAUACAAAUACUGCCAUCUUGUGGUGAUGCACUGUUAAAAAUCCAACUUUCCAACACAACCUUAACAGACGUCAAAAUGACUCCAUCUUGGAGCGAGGCAGUGAUCUCCGUUAUCUACAAAGAAGGAAAGGACAAACUGGAAUGUGGAUCUUAUAG